ACUUUUACUCUCGCCAGCAGCGGUGUGAGGGCAUGUCUGAUAAAAGACUCAUAAAACAAGAAGACGGAAGGAGCCUCGGAGGAUCGAGUUUGUGCGGUUCUGAAUUUAAGAACUGAAUACGUUUUCUGCUGUUAAAACAAGUCGCUUAGCUAACGAGUCAUGGCGUGUGGAGGGUUCAUGUCCGCUCCAGUGUGUCUCAUUGAAAACGAUGAAAAUGGGAAGCUACAUGUGAAUAAAAAGGCCAAAGACAUUCUGGAUGGGAUCCAUGAGCCGGUGGUGGUGGUGUCUGUGGUGGGACUCUACCGUACGGGGAAGUCUUACCUUAUGAACCGCCUGGCUGGACAACAGUCAGGCUUUGCUCUCGGCAGCACUAUUGAAUCAAAGACCAAAGGCAUCUGGAUGUGGUGUGUCCCUCACCCUAAUAAAAAAGGACACACUCUGGUGCUGCUGGACACAGAGGGACUUGGUGACGUGGAGAAGGGGGAUGAGAAACAUGACACAUGGAUCUUCUGUCUGGCAGUUCUUCUCAGCAGUACUCUAGUGUACAACAGCUUAGGGGUCAUUGACAACAUGGCACUGGAAAAGCUGCACUAUGUUACAGAGCUGACGGAGAACAUUCGUGUGAAAGCAGAAGUGAGUCAAGACGAGGACGGGUCGACAGAUUUCAUGCGUGUUUUUCCAUCAUUUGUCUGGGCUGUUCGUGACUUUACUUUGGAACUGAAAAGGGGGGAUAAACUAAUAACAUCAGAUGAGUAUCUGGAGGGCUCAUUGAAACUCAAACCAGGUAGCUCAUCUCAGAAUGAGCAGUACAACCUGCCCCGCCGUUGUUUGCGACAUUUCUUUGCGGUGAAGAAGUGCUUUGUGUUCCCUCGGCCAGCUAGUACGCAAAACAUGAGAAAAAUGGAGAAACUGACCGAGAAAGAACUGGAUUCAGAGUUCCUUGAACAGGCAAACAACUUCUGUUGUUACAUCUACAACAAUUCAGAGCCAAAAACCGUCACUGGAGGCCAGACAGUUACUGGAACAGCUCUAGGUAAUCUUUCUGAGGUUUAUGUGGAGGCGAUACGCAGUGGUAAGGUUCCAUGUCUGGAGAAUGCAGUUGUGUCUCUGGCUAAGAUCCAGAAUGUCUGUGCAGUGGAAAAGGUCAUGCAGUUCUACGUGAACGAGAUGCUCACCAUAGCUCAGCUUCCUAUGCGCCCAGAAGAGCUGUCUGACAUCCACAAAAUUGCAGAGAAGAAGGCCAUUGAAGUUUUCAUCACCAUGUCCUUCAAUGACAUUGACCAAAUCUACCAAAAAGAGCUCAUGGGGAAGAUUCAUAAUGAAUAUCAAGAUAUGUGCCAGCAGAAUCAUGAAGCAUCUCGCAUUCAGUGUGAAGAAGUUCGGCAAGAGGUGUUUGGCAAGCUGGAAAAAAGCUUUUCUGAUGGAUCAUACCUGAAACCUGGAGGAUACCGACAGUACAGAGACAUGCUCACACAGCUGACCAGUGACUACAGAGCAAAAACACACUCACAAAUAAUGAGUGAGGAAGUGUUGAGUAUUUAUUUGAGAGCAAAGGAAGAGGCUGGAAAUAUGAUUCUACAAGCUGACCAAUCUCUCAGUGCAGCGGAACAGGAGAAAGAGGUGCAAAGCCUAAAGAAUGAGAUUCUGAAGCAGCGGCAAAGAGGUCUAGAGGAACAGAACUUGUUACAGAAGCAGGCGUUUAAAGACAUGGAAAGAACCCACGAUGAGUAUGUGAAUCAGAUCAUUAGUCAGAUGAAGAGAGAGCAGGAGAGAAUGAGGAGAGACAAUGAACAAGUCCUGGAAGCAAAACUGAAGGAAAGGGAAGCUCUUCUACAACAGGACUUUCAGCAGGAGGCUGCCAGGAUGCAGAGAGAAAUUGAGAACCUGGAAGCAGAUAUGAAUAAACAGGAAACAUCCCAACAAUCCACACUAAGCAAGGUUGUGGAAGGUAUCGGCACUGCGGCGACUUUUUUGUUGCCGGGUUUUGUUCCUAAAGCAGUUGGUUUUGGUCUGUCCAUGCUUUCAAAACUGUUUUGAAAAUGGAUACAGUAUUGUGGCAAGCAGGGCAGGGCCGACUCAGCUCGAGAGCCGUGGGAAUUUAACUAGGCUGGUGACGUGAAUCCUAAUGAACAUCACCUGCACGCCACAUUCGAGACCCACGGAGGAGCUCCCGAAGGAUAAGAGAAAGAGCGAUGACAGUGUGUUUAUUUUAUAAUUAAAGGUUUAUGUUUAAAUGUUCGCCGGUUCCCGCCUCCUUCUUUCCGUAACAAUGAACUUUGUUACAGAUAUGUUAUGAACUAUGAUCAAAGUUGUUAUCAGAGUGACUGCCGUUUUCCAUUUUAUGUUAAAAUGAUUCACAAAAUCUUUGAAUCCUGAUGUAAACUUCCUUGGAACCUUCCAAUGAUUAUUUUGAAAUUAUGGCCAAUAUCUGUGUCCAGUAACAGCUUUGUUAGUGAACAAUAGUGUGGUAUCUAACAGACCAAAUGUUCUUAAACUCAAUUAAAGUGUAUUCACUUUUUUUGUUUUCUUGUAAUCAGAUGAAAUGCUAUGCUGUGUAUUUUGACAUCCCUGUAUGCUGAAUGUGGUGACUGCAGUUUUCUGUGAAAUAUAAUAAAUAAUUCUUUUGAUUCAGGUUGACUGUGUAUAUAUGACAAUGUAUCCUUGGUACUGAAUAAACCUCUGAAAAAAGCUUGAACACGGAA